GCACACACCGGGGAGUGGAGAGAGUGAGGUGGGCGAUCGAGAAUAGAGAGAGCGCAAGUGCACCGCGGCUCUUCCUCCCAGCAGGCUCCGGUCCAGCCUGUGUGGUCUGUCGGGUUGGGAUGUGCUCUCCUCCGCUGUUGCUAAGGAGAUGGAUGGCUCGAACGGAGCCGCGGACCGGGCUGAAUCGUCCACGUCGCCCCCUCAACAGUCUGCCGUUGUUCUGUGUGCUAACGGCGCGUGUGCGUGUGUGUUUACCGGAAUCAUCGCGAACAACGUGACGCGUCAGCGGCAGCUCUGCAGCAGCAGCAGCAGCAGCAGCAGCAGCCAGGUCCAGUGGAGCUGCAGCCGAAGAGCUGAGGAGCCCAGGAUUUGACUCCAAACUGCUACACGGGCCAGGAGAGGGUAGAGACGUGGUUGGACGAGAAGGGGCCAGCGAAUGCUACCCGCCGAGGACGUCGGCUGAGGCUUGAAAACCAAGCAUGGCAUCAACAGGCAUGCAGAUAUUUGGAUUUGUGCUAGCGCUGCUGGGUAUCAUGGGUGCCAUGGUGGCCACUCUGCUGCCCAACUGGAAGGUCAGCGCCGAUGUGGGCUCCAACAUCAUCACAGCCAUCUCCCAGAUGCAGGGACUGUGGAUGGACUGCACAUGGUACAGCACGGGAAUGUUCAGCUGCACACUCAAGUAUUCCGUGCUUUCACUUCCUGCAUAUUUGCAGACUGCCCGCACAACCAUGGUGCUGUGCUGCGUACUGGCGGCCAUGGGCCUUUGCCUUGCAUCGCUUGGACUCAAGUGCACGCGCUGGGGAGGGGGGCGGCGUUCCAAGCGGCAUGCGGCCAUUGCCAGCGGCGGCUGCUUCGUUGCCGCCGGGUUUCUGUGUCUGGUGCCUGCUUCCUGGUUUACCAACGAGGUCAUCACCAACUUCCUGGACUCCACUGUGCCCGAGAGCAAUAAGUUUGAGCCUGGGGGGGCUGUGUAUGUGGCCUUUGUCUCCGCGGGAUUCCUCCUAAUGGGGGGGUCCAUCUUCUGCAUGUCUUGCUCUGGGAAGCGGCAUGGCCCACAGGACCUGGUCCUCCUCCCACCGCCUGACAAACUGCUGCUGCAGCAACAGCAGCAACAGCUGCUCCAACAACAAGAGCUCCAGCAUCAGUAUUGCUCUCUCUCCCCGUUAGACAAUAAGACUGGCUACAGCCUGCAGGACUAUGUGUAGGAAAGCAGUGUUAUGUAUGCACCAGCUGACAGGAGGGGUGGACUACCACGGCUUAUGCCACAAGAGUAGGUUGUGCUCCACACAGGUGGGGGAAAAGACGAAAGGAAGAGUAACCAGCCCCUGCUCCUGUCUUUUUUUUCCUCUUUUGCAAGCACAAGCAGUGGAGGUAAUCCCUGAGCAGCACCUUGGAAUAAACAGAGUGAAGGUUUCAGAAGCACGGAUGAGGUGCUGCACAAUGGAAGGGAGCCGCCAACCAAAUGCAAGACAUCCUUCAUCGGUAAAUCACUGGGAGGGUUCCCCGGGGAGUGGAUUAAGCAAAUAAGAUUUUUUUUUCCCCUCACCAAAGGUUGAAAUUGAAAAAAAGCAAUCACUUAGCUGCUAUUUACAAUCGUUUGGAGCCGUCUCAAUUGACAACAAACGCAGUAGGUUGAUGUCUUUUCAAAAAUGGCCAUAUUUUUGUUUGCUGUUCCAGUGACGCUGAUGUCUUGCCUCUAAGCAUGCUGUGUGGAGCUUGUCUUGUGUAUCAAUACAGCGGAAUGCCCGAGACAUAGCCACGCAAUAUGCCUGUGCCUGCACAUGAUGUAGAGAUACUGGCGUGCUGUAUGUGUUCGAUGACGAGGAGACGAGGGCUGUUGGGCAGGAUUUGAGGAAAUGCGGACAAACAGAUACCUGCUCUCCUCUCGGCAGGUGUGAGAGAUGGAGAGAAACAAACAGCGAAGAAAUUGAAUCCUUGAGUGAAGUGGACUAUGUGGGAGUGGGCUGCUUUCAUAUUUCCAUCCAGGCAAAAAACACCCUGUCGGUAAGAUGCCCAUUCCAGCCAAUCUAACCAUUCCAGGCUCACACACACACACACACACACACACACACACACACACACACACACACACACACACACACACACACACACACUCCUACAUAUGCUUUUGUGAGAGUCCUUAAAGACACAGUCAACACAAAUGCUUGCUUUGCAUGUGUUAUUGGCCUGCCGUCCUCCUCCACAGUACCAUGGAAACCAAAUUAUUGUCUGAGAGCUGGCGCUUGUCAGCCAAGUGAUUUGUUUAUAGUGGGACAUCUUUUUUUGUCUCUUCCCAUUGUUCCAUAAGCUUCAGUCAGAACCUCUGUGCACACUACUUAGCCUAAUCCCCUUUAUUAGCCAGUGAGAAGAAGCAGCAUCCAUGUUAAAUAGUUAGAUAUUUUUUAGGAAUGCCCAAGCACAUUUAGUGGCUUGAGUGGCACAAACGUGAAGCCUCUUCAACCAUGGUCGACUGGCUCGUUAUACGGCAGACAGCUAAAAAGGGUUUGCGUCAUUCUCCAUAUCUGACUGGUUUUCCAAGCGCGUCAGCGUUGAGUCUGCAUGUGCAGAAGCUCUCAAUGUCUUAAAUAGGAUCCACUUGACUGCUGCUUGUCUUUCCUACCUGUCACGAUACACCACCACACACGCCACUCCCUCCUUCCUGCUUCCGUCACACGUCACACAGCUGCGAUCGCUGACUGGAGAAUGCUGAUGCAUGUAGAAAGCAUGACCCCCACAUACACACAUAACUCCCACCCACUCAAAUGUCACGGGCAAUGUUGCGCUUUCACACGUUCCCCUACUAGUGCGCGUCUGCUCUUUUCUAGAGGAGAAGGAGGGGAGGAAUGUUGGAUUUUGAUUGAGACAGGCUUUGGCUGUGACGCAAAGGACCGCACACUUCCCUCCUUCUCUGUCAUAAACACACAGCUUCCUGUGGGGGGAGCAGAUGGCUAAGCCCAGCUUGCCACCUGCAGGCCGAUGCCGGCACACCACAAGGCAUCACUGUGAGCAUCAUCUCCAGUCCUGGCAGCCCUCAGGGGCCAGGUUUCUACACCAUCUUGCCCCAGCAUCUCCGACAGAGCUGGCCUGCUGACAAGAACUCAGUGCCCAGGCACCCGAACCAAUGCAAUAAACAAAAACGCUAAGAAUGUGCCAUGUCAUCGACAAAUACUGGCAUUUUUGUGUUUCAAGAAUGUGCCAAAUACUGUAGUCUCAUGAUGACACACUUUAUUACUAUUUUGACUCCUUUAUCUUUAUUUUUUUAACGUAUCGUUUGUACAUGAAUUGUACAUUAGCGAAUGUUUUAUGGAUUUGUUCUGCUAGACUACGUCGGAAGUCAACUAGAUGCUUGUGUGCAGUCCUAGGCGGCUUUCGAGGGUUAUUUCAAAUCCUCUUUAUUCCUGAUUUCCCAAAGCACAGUGAGAUUCACUAAGCCUGAGUGUGGGGAGUACUUGAGGGUGGUAUUUUCUAAACGAAUAUAUUUAUUUCAGGAAUAUUCAAAGCUCUGUGGCAACUGUACACAAGUGUCUAGGUGUUUGUUUAUGCUGAGGGACUUAAGAGUUUCCUCACAAUGUUCCAAACGAAGAUACAAUACCAUGACCACGCCAUAUCUUCUUUAUAAGAAGAGUACUCAAAUGCACCUUUUUUGUGUUACUAUUUUAAGAGUAGUUUGUUUCAAAUGGUUGAGCAUUUCAAGCUCCCUGCACCAGUACAAACACAACACAAGUGGCACUCUGGAAGGGAAAAAAAAAAGGAAAUGUCCGACCGCUCCAGCCUGGCUAGCGGUUCCUCUCUUUUGUGUCUGUGCAGCUUGACAUCAGCACGCAGUUUCAUUCGCUUAGAAACGGCCUGAGCGCAAAGUGGUCCUAAGAGUUUAAAGAGUUCCAAAUGUGCAUAGAAACUGUACCAAGAUGUUAUCUUUUUGAUAAACUGCAGCUUAUUUUUGUGGAUGCUUUAGCACUUCUUACUUUGCCAGAGCAUAUUUGUGAUGAGGAGCAGCUCACAACUUCUGAUACAGUUGUCUCAAUGUGCUUGUGCGAGUAGUUCUAUUUUUUACCAAUAAAACUAUUUUAUGAACGCAACAUGCCUGCUGGGUGUAUGUUACGCGGGUACAAGAAGUGGGAAGAUGGCGGCUACCUUUCCUGCCAAAUGUACAGAUUGUGGGACGGUACAAACUGUGCCGAGAGCAGCCGACCAGCCAGGCUGCUAUUACGCAGCACCCGGGGGAGACGUAGCAUCGGUUUGACUGUAUGCAUCCAUAAAACAUCGCCAUGUGCAAAUGGGUUUUGAAGAAGGAAUUCUUCUCCUAAUGUCGCGCCCAAGCUCACCCAGCCAUUCCUCACCAAGAUGACAGCAUGAAUAAUAACCUUCCUGGGAGUUAAAGGGAACUGGACUCAGGAGAUGAAUUUUUUAUUUGUCCCAUGUAAAGCCAUUUGAAGUACCUUGAAAAUUACUUUAUUAUAACUAUAAUUGGUUUUUUUAAUGGUUAGAUGCUAGGGUCAAGUAUAAUUGCGAUAUUGUGUAUGGCUCCAAGUGUCAUUGUACCCUUUAUUCACUUUUUACAUGCAACACUCUAAUUGUGCAAUUGUCAAACGUAAUCGAUGCCAUAAAUAUCACAUACCACAACGUAACAUUAAGAAGUGAAGGAGGACACAAACGUUGGCAACACUAGUGAUGUGAUCCACAGUGCAUUUUUCACAACAUUUUAACAGCAACAUCAUGCUAGUUUGUCUCUUCACUGAAAACCAAUCAACGCCUGUACCUGACUGACAGUUGGCAAAGCUCCAGAAUUUUGAACAAAAAUGUGAUUAAUUGGUGGGCAUACACAUGGAGCAGGUUCAUCUAGCUAGGGCCAGGUCAGAGGUGGUAUCGUGUCCGUGAAAAAGGAGGUUUUAAUUGAAAACGGUGUUCCUUUGGUUGACGAAUCAUUUCUGUCAUAUGUACCGUAAUUUCCCGUGUGUGAGCUACUACUUUUUUCUCACGCUUUGAACCGUGCGGCUUAUCCGGGGACGAGGCUCAUUUGUGUUGGGGUGUCGUGACAUCUGCUGCUACGCUUGAUGUGUGAUACCACUGACUUCGUUUCCGAUUCAAUACUGAGUAAAAUUCAGGUUGGUAUCGGUGAUACCGAACCAAGAGCAUAGCUUAUAAAAUGAAGAAUAUAAUAUAACACAUUUAUUUUAAACAACAGCAUAACAUUUAGACAAGGUCUCAACAAUUUCGUUACUUUUAACCGUGUUCCUGUUAAUGAUAGACAUUACCUCAAAUGACCCAAGUAUCAAAGUAGCAAUAUUUUGAUUUGACAAUCAAUUUAGGAGCCUAAAGAUCUGGUAUCAGCAGUAUCUAUACUUCAUUAUCGAUCCGCACAUCACUACUCAUCACGGAGAACGGUGGAGAGGUGCAUGUGAUGCUCAUUUGAGGUUGAAGGCGAUUGAUCUAGCGGCUGCCGGUGGACGCCUGGGAGAUAGUAGACAUAUACAUGGAACGUAUAACGCUCAGGAGAACAUGUGAGCGAUUAUCAGCGCUUAAUGCACAACUGACUUGAAGCGGCGUCAUGUUAUGUUGACUGCAGUUUUUGUAGCUGAGGAAGAGCUGAGUUUCAUAAUAGAUGUGUGCUAUGCAGAGCUGAUUUAUUACUUCCUGCUGUAGCUGUACUGUGUCAUAUUAUAGAUAUUAUUAUUAUUAUUAUUAUUAUUAUUAUUAUUAUCACCUUUUUGUUAAGACUUUUAUUACUGAGAUGCUUUGCCUAAAUAAUGACCUUUUUAAAGAUGCCUUAUCAUUUAUACUUUAUAUUUUAGUUGACUAAAACUAAAUACAUUUCCAUGACAUAAGUAUGACUAAAACUAGAGUUCAUUUUAGUUAGAAAAACUAUGA